AAACGAAAGAAAAGGUCAACCGGAUGACUGGGGUCGCUGCAGUUAGGAACAGAACCACGUAACGAUAAAAAUAAGGUGAAAAGGGUUUUCGAAGUGCAUGAUGCUUUGUGCCGAACCGGUCAACGCUGCGUAACGCGACGAUGGCUUUGAAGUUGAAGUCGAGCCUCCCUCAUUGCUGCGUGUGACUAGAAAAGCAGACGACUUGGUACCAGAUGUUUUCUCUUCCUGUUCGACCCAGAUAGCAAAUUACCAUGUCUCUGAUUCUUCAUCUUGAGCCCAGGUGGUUAUUGCUCUGCAGGUUUUUACUUCUUUCAGCUUGCUGGGUCGGCCUCGCUUGUUCUCAACAGAACAUCGAAACUUUCUUUCCUCUAACCCCCGCCACCACCACCACCACCGCCAUUACCACCACCAACUCUACUCCUCCUCCCUUCAGAGGCCCGUGCCAAGCCCCUCUGCCUCCACCUCCGCCGCCGCCGCCCCUGCCCUCGUUGUCCUCACUCAAGACGGUCAUCAAGGCCGUGGCAGCCGCCGCGGCCAGCUCGCUGGUUGUCGCCACGCUGUUCUUCUUUGUGAUCCAGAGGUGGAGACGCCGACGGGGUCCGGAUCAUGGAUCGGCGGAGAUGGGGCGCUUUGCGCCGAUGCCUCGCGGGGACUUCAUGAGAUUCGGAGGAGGUAUCAAGGGGCUGAUUGUGGAUGAGAAUGGAUUGGACGUUCUUUAUUGGCGGAGGCUCCAGAUGCAGGGGGAGAGGACCGGGAGUUUCUUGGAGAAGAGCCCGAGCAAAGUGUUCGUGCGGAGUCCAAGAGGCCAUAAAGAGGAAGAUGUGAGCGAAAGGAGAGACGGGGACACGAGUUUUGACAAGCACAUUCAAGAAGUGCCCUUACUGAGAGAGAAGCGAUCAUCAUCCCGUGAAGAUAACGAUGUUCAAGUUAGACAAGUAGAUGAGGAUGCAAUCGGCGUGAAUGCAGCUUUGUAUCCAUUACCACCCCCUCCAUCAGCCCGAGUAGCUGCCCUCAAGGCUGUUGAGAGACCCAGACCAUUUCAACAGCCGACGCCGACGCCGCCUAGGAAACCAUGGGAGGCAUUGACUUUCUCUGCGGUUUCCGCUGCUGAACUGCCACCGCCACCAAUACCAGCAGCACCACCACGUCCACCAUCAGCAGUGCCACCGCCCACGGCACCACUUCAAAAACGUCCGCCAUUAGCAGCGUCACCACCAGUGCCAGGGUCCCCGGCAGCCCGAGUAGCUGUCCUCGAGGCCGUUGAGAGACCCGGACCGAUUGAACCGCCAACGCCGCCACCAACGCUGCCUAGGAAACCACGGGGGCCAUUGACUUUCUCUGCGGUUUCAACUGCCGAACCACCAAUGCGACCAAUACCAGCAGCACCACCACGUCCACCGUCAGCAGUGCCACCGCUGAUGGUACCACCUCAACCACUUCUGCCAUUAGCAGCGUCACCACCGCUGCCGCAGUCCGUGGCAGCCCCAUCACAUCCACCAUCAGAGGUGCCGCCACCGCCACCGCCUAGGAAACCACAGGAGACAUUGACUUUCUCUGCGGUUUCAACUGCUGAACCACCACGGCAAUCCCUACCAGCAGCACCACCACGCCCACCAUCAGCAGUGCCACCGCUGCCUGCACGACCAACACCACGUCUGCCAUCAGCAGCGCCGCCGCCGCCGCCCCCACCCCCGGCAGCAUCAUCACGUCCGCUAUCGGCAGCACCACCGCCUCCCACACCGCCAGCAAGACCGUCACCAGUAGCACCACCACCACCUCCGCCAAGUAAACUGCGCGGUUUGGAAUCAUCAAAAAUACCACCCACUCCAACAAAAGGACUAGAAAAGCAGGGGAAACAGGGAGAGCCUUCAGCUUCACCUGGUCAGGUGAAACUGAAGCCUCUUCACUGGGAGAAGUUUGAGGCCAAUGCGGAUCACUCCAUGGUUUGGGACAAGGUCGGCGACGGUUCUUUCAGGUUCGACGAUGAUCUUAUGGAAGAUCUGUUUGGGUUCGUUCCGGGCAAUCGGAACUCCACUCGAGAAAAGGAGACCUCCUCGGGUUUGGCUUUGACCGGCAAAACCAACUCGAAUCCAUCGUCAAAAAUUUUCAUCCUGGACCCUCGCAAGUCGCAGAACAUUGCGAUUGUGCUCAAGACCCUGGGAGUUUCCCGCAACGAGAUCCUCUAUGCGGUCACGGAAGAUCAAGGCCUAAGCAUAGACGUCCUCGAGAAGCUCAACAAGGUUGCGCCAACAGCAGAAGAACAGUCUCAAAUCCUUCAAUUCGACGGAGACACCACCAGGCUCGCGGAUGCGGAGUCCUACCUGUACCACCUCCUAAAAUCAGUUCCAUCGGCCUUUGCUCGCUUUAACGCCAUGCUUUUCAGAUCGAACUUCAAGUCGGACAUCCUUCACCUGAAGGAAUCUAUCCGGACACUGGAAUUCGCAUGCGAGGAGCUUCGUACUCGUGGACUCUUUGUAAAGCUACUAGAAGCGAUCCUUAAAGCCGGAAACCGAAUGAAUGCAGGAACUUCCAGAGGCAACGCGCAAGCAUUCAACCUCGACGCGCUUAGAAAGCUGUCGGAUGUCAAAAGCAUUGACGGGAAAACCACGUUGCUUCACUUCGUAGUGGAACAAGUCGUGCGAUCCGAGGGGAAGCGGUGUGCUCUCAAUCGGGAUUAUAGUUUGAGCCGAACGAGCAGUCGUAGAAGCACCAGCUCGAGCACAGAUUCGGAGAAUUCGAAACCCAAAGAUGAAAGAGAGAACGAGUACAUCAUGCUGGGAUUACCAGUAGUAGGAGGACUUAGUGCCGAGUUCUCUAACGUGAAGAAAGCAGCAAUGAUCGACUACGACAGCUUCGCCUCCUCAUGCGCAGAGCUAGCACGCGGUAUUGCCGAGAUUCGGCAGGUUACGGAUCUAUGCGUGAGCGACGGCAGUGGAUUAGGCGAGGAACUAAGGAGAUUCAUCGAGUCGGCAGAAGAAGAAUUAAGCUCUUUAAGGGAAGAGCAGAGGAAAGCGAUGGAAUUUGUGAAGAGGACGACUGAGUAUUAUCAAUCGGGAGCAUCUAGACGAAAUGGAGAAAAACCGCUUCACUUAUUCAUCGUGGUCAAAGAUUUUCUGGGCAUGGUCGAUCAGGUGUGCGUCGAAAUCACUCGGAACUUGCAGAGGAGGAAGACCGCCAUGGCGAGCUCCGCACCAUCGUCGGUGUCGCCAAAGUCACCGACGAGGUCUCCCGCAAGGUUUCCAAACUUGUCGCAUAUCAUGUUGGAGAAGCUUAGGCGCAGCACUUCCAGCGAUUCUGAUGCAGAGUUCUAAGGAAGAACCUCGACGAUGACGAAUCGAUUGCUGUACAUAGUUCUCAUCA